AUGGCCGCGGCUCCAGAUGACGACUUCCCUCCGCUAGUUGCGCAAGAAGCUGUAGCGCCAUCCGAGCUCCCCAACCCGAAACCCGCUUGGGGAGCGCCCCGCGCAGUGUCCCUGCGUGAAUCCCUCCUCGAAUCCGCGGAAACGGAUCAAGGCGGGUCCGGGAGCUCCGCCGCUUUCUCUCACGGAGCCAAUGCGGUCUCGAGCGGAGCUGACGUGGCAUCAGGCGGGCAGAUACCCUCCGCGUCCGGCGCCGCCGCAUCCGGAGCGGUUCAGUGUCUUGUAGUGGACGCGAAUGUUCUUAUAUCGGGGACGGCCUCGUUACAGAAAUUUGCCAGCGAAGCGGAGAUUGUGACUGUACGCGAGGUGCUGGCGGAGGUUCGGGAUCGCACCGCGCGGCAGCAGCUGUCCGUUCUCCCCUUCGAUAUCAAAUGUCGAGAGCCCAGUGAUGAGGCGAUUAAGGAGGAUCAGAUUCCCUCCCCCCCCCCCCUUCUCCCCUCCCCACCGCCUCCCUGUAACCCCCUUCCCUCUCUCGCGAACUUCCCCUUCUCCCUUCCCGCUGCUUUGUCUCCGCCUCCCCCAGUACUUCGCUUCGCGCGCGCCACGGGUGACGUGGGCACUCUAUCCGCCGUCGAUUCCAAGCUGCUCGCGCUCGCAAUGACGGAGGAAAUUCGGUCUCACGGCCGCGCGAAUCUCCGCGCCGCCCCCGCCCGCCCGGUGUUUCAGAAGAGGACAAACGUCGCGAUGCGCCAGGCGCUGCCCGGGUGGGGCGCGGAAAACGUGGCGAAUCCGGAUGAGUGGGCGGGAAUUGACGCGGUAGCGGACGAUGGGGGGAGCGGGAAGGGGAAGCGGAAAGGGGUAGGUGGAUCGCGGAUUUUAGGGGUGAGGGUUUUGGGGGAGGGGGAUGAGAACGCGGAAGGUGAAGAAAAGGGGGAGGAGGCGGGGGAGACGGAGACUGGCGGGAACGGGGGCGCGGAGAGUGUGGAGGCGGAGCUUCAGCAGAUGAACCUGGGCGGAAAUAGGGAAGCAGGGGAAGGGGGGGAAGGAGCGAAAGAUGAGGCGCGGAAGGGUGGAGGCGGGGAAGCGGAGCAGGCGGGGGAAAUGCCCGGGUGGGAGACAGUUGGGGGGGGAAGGGGGAGAGGCGGGGGAAGAGGGAGAGGGGGACGCAGAUGGGCGCCUCGGGAAAUAAAGCCGGUCGUAGCUGAAGAGCGGUUCGAGGGAAAAUUAGUAGUGGCUGGAGUAGACGCCUCUAAGCGGGGAGAGCCAGCUGACGUGGCGGGUGGGCAUGCUGACUCAGCAGGACGAGCAGCAGGAGAGGAGGGAGAGGGAGAGGAGGGAGCGGGUGAGGAGGAGGACGAGGGGGAGUGGGAGGCGGCGAGGGGGAAGAGCGGGCGGCGGAGGUGGAAGCGCAGAGCAGGGAAGCGCGCUGCCAUGGAGGAGCUGGCGCGCAUUGCGCAGGAGCAGGCGCAGCGCGCAGCCGCGCUGGCGGGAGGGGCAGUAGCAGCAGGGGGUGAUGGUGGCGGGGAGGAGAGUAAGGGUGGGGAAGAGGAGAGAAAGGAUGGGGAGGAAGGGGGAAAAGUUGGGGAAGAGGAGGUGGUGGAGGAGCAAGGGCAAGGUGGGAAAGUGGGUGAGGAAGAAGGGGAAGGGGAGGAAGAGGAGGGAGGCGGAGAGGAGGAGGAUGGAGAGGAGGGAGAGGAAGAGGAGGGAGAGGAGGAGGGAGAGGAGGAAGGGAGUUUGGAUGGCGGCAGUGAAGCAGCGUCCACGUCAUCAUCAUCGUUAUCCGCGUCAGCAGUGGCCCUGAUGACGUCAGACUACGCCAUGCAGAACGUGGCACUGCAGAUGGGCCUGCGCCUCCUCUCCGCCCAAUCAGGGAUGCGCAUCGCCCAGGUGCACAGGUGGGUGCAGCGCUGCUCUGCCUGCUCUGCGGUAACGCCCGACAUGACGAGGGUCUUCUGUCCUGACUGCGGCAACGGCACCACACUCAACAAGGUGACAGUGACGGUGGGAGUGGAUGGCGUGGUGCAUGCAGGCGUGCGCAAGCGGCACAACAUUCGAGGCAGCAAGUUCUCCCUGCCCAUGCCCAAGGGAGGCAGGGCAGGAGCAGCCAAGGACCCUGUCUUGAGGGAAGACCAGCUGCUUCCCAAAAACGGACGACGGCGAUUCACCAAGAAGAAGGGCAAGCCCACUGACGUGCUGGCACCUGAUUUCGUGACGUUCUUUGAUGAGGUGGGCGAGGGGAAGGCGGGGGGAGGCGGCGCGGUGAACAGCCGAGCCGUGGUGGCUACGAUUGCGGCAGGCGGGGACACGAGGAGAAUGGCUGUUGCUCUGGGGUUGAAGGUUAACCCCAACAGGGUGAAGCGGGGAGGGAACAAGUGA